CACGUUUCACCCGCCAUGUUGUACCCUUCGUCUGAAGAGCGUUCCGCGUGGCAGGUUCGAUCUCCGCUGAUAGGGUGCGGAGCCCACCUGCGCGCUGGCGGCGGCCCUCUGGCGUCACUCAAGCGCCCGUCGUCGACCAAGCACCGCCUUCUCCGGCACCCGGCAGCCAAGAUGGUCAAGUACGAUGGCGACUACAAGCUGGUCUCGUCCGAGAACUUCGACGAGUACAUGAAGGCCGUGGGCGUGGGCAUGGUGACUCGCAAGGCAGCCAACGCCCUCACGCCCGUCGUCACGGUCACUGUCAACGGCCAGCACUGGUCGAUGAAGCAGGUCUCCUCAUUCAAGACGUCCGAGCAGGAGUUCGACCUGGGCGUGGAGAGGGACAUCACCACCCCGGACGGCCGGAAGGUCAAGAGCAUCGUCACCAAGAACGGCGACACGCUGACGGAGAAGCAGACCGGCGACGGCAAGGAGUCAACGCUGGUGCGCGAGUUCAGCGACGAGGGCAUCAAGGCGGUCGUUUCCUGCAAUGGUGUCGUCUGCACGCGCGUCUACAAGAGGCAAUGAGAGCGCACGCCAUCACGCUAAACGGACCUACUCGUCACGUCGCCUGUUUCGUCGCUUUGUGUUCAUUUUCCCAAAAAUCUUUGAUAACACGAGCUCCGAACGGCAAUCUGGCGAAAUUCGUUCGCAAUUUGAGAGUGGCUCGUCAUGCUUCCAACUUCUCAGACCGUGGCCUGUGCGCUACUGGGUGUCACAGCAAUACAAACUUGGCAGUCGUUGCCUAGUCAGCACUCUGUCUGACCCAGGA